GGUGUCUCUGCUCCUGGUUUCAACAUCUGGAGCGUGUUUGUUUUGGUUUUUAAAGUUCUGGUUGGUAGCUUUACAAAUAAACAGCUGAUCCGUUAUUCCGAGCUUUACAGUUGACUGCGGUAGUUUCCAUAAAUUUUGGUUCUGUUUCGUUUGAACUCUGACAUUCUGCUGCUGUUCUGAUUCUUCUGAAUGCAGAACCCGAGGAAAGGGUAACCCGAAGCCCGGGGGUAACCUGAGGAAAGUCUGGAAGAGCUUGGAUUUGAUGUUGUGCCAACAGUGCCAUCAUGAAUAUUCUGCCGAAGAAAAGAUGGCAUGUUCGCACCAAAGACAACAUCGCUCGAGUGCGUCGUGACGAAGCCCAAGCAGCCGAGGAGGAGGAAGAACGCCAGCGACGCAUCGCGUUAGCCGAACAAGAAGCACGCACAACUCUCCUGCGGGAGAAAGCCAAAGCCCGGAAUGCAGUGCUGUUGGGUGAGAAGUUUGUCAGUGAGUCUGCUUCGUCCCUGCCUGCUGAGGACGCUGACAACGAGGAUAUUCGUGAUGCCACCGUUGUCAGUGCAGAGGGUUUUCUAUCCGAGAUCUUUCCUUCCGAUCAGGGAGCACAGGAACAUGUCAAUCUGUUCACAGAUGCGGAGAAAUUCGGGAAGGGAUCCACUGUCGUCAAUGCGGAACAUGAGGCCGAGAAACGUGCGGAAAAGGAGAAGUAUGAAAAGAGCAUUGGCUACCUCACGUAUCUUGGACAGAGUGCACAAGAAGCACAACAUGCUGCACCUUGGUACGCUCUCUCUCAUGAUGAACGCCGCGACAUCCCGACCUCCAGCGGCUUAACCAUACCGCAUCGCGUUGAACCGCAAAUUAAAUCCUCCGAUGACAAAAUCAAGGAUUUCUACGAUCCAAUCAACGCGAUAAAGGCCGCUGCAAAGCGGGAUUCCGCUCGAGAGGUUAAGCGCACACAACCGCAAUUUCCGCCUCGUGCCAUAGCGUUUACCCCGGCUAACUCUUCUACACGGAAAGAUAUUAUUCGUGCGGAUAAUGCAAUGAUUAAACGUGAAUCAUCGCCUAGUCCGUCUCGGAAAUCAAAGAAGAAACACAAAAAGCGGAAGCAUGCAGAUGCGACGGAGGAUGAUCCAGUCUCUACUGCAUCGAUUCCUUCCGCCGCCGUCGCGUCACAAAACAUCAACCAGUCAAAAAGCAUAGAAACCCUGCGAGCUGAACGUUUGCGGCGUGAAGCGGAAGAGAAGAGACGAACGCUGCAGCUUUUGGCAGUGAAAAGUGGUGCGCCCAUUAAGUCGGAGCCGGUGCCUGCUGAUGAUCGGAGUCGGACGUCCAGAGGCUCGCAGAAGUAUAAUUCUCAGUUUAAUCCCCAUAUUGCUCGGCAGAAUGUCGAUAAUAGAUAUGGGUACUGAUACAAAAUUUAGGUUAGGAUAUGAUUUUGUUAAAGGUGCCGCUGUUUACUUAGUACCUAGUGUUUUUAUGUGGAAAUGGUUGAUGUUGUACGCUUAUGCCAUGCUACCUAAUACGGUGUGUAUUAAAGCGGUCGAGCA